GUUUUUAAGGCUUCAUCAUGUCAAAAACACCAAGCCCGACUCACCUGUACCGAACUCAAGCUGACACCAUGAAGCUCCCUGCAGCCUUCUUUGCACAUUUGACCUGGCUGGCAUUUAGCGCUGACGCGACUAUCUUUUUCAAGGAGCAGUUUCUGGAUGGAGAUGGCUGGAGGAGCAGGUGGGUCCAAUCCAAGCACAAGUCAGACUACGGCCAGUGGAAGCUGACUGCUGGAAAGUUCUUUGGUGAUAUUAGAUUGGAUAAAGGUAUCCAGACCACCCAGGACACCCGCUUCUACUCCCUUUCGGCCCGCUUCCAACCCUUCAGCAACGAGGGCAUGCCCCUGGUGAUCCAGUUCACCGUUAAGCACGAGCAGUUGAUCGACUGCGGCGGUGGCUAUGUCAAGAUCUUCCCCGCCGAUAUCGACCAGAGCGCCUUGAACGCAGAAUUGCCCUUUUAUGUCAUGUUUGGACCUGACAUCUGCGGGCGCAGCACACAGAGGGUUCAUGUUAUGUUGAACUACAAGGGGAAGGGCCACCUCAUCAAAAAACACAUCAAAUGCAGGGUAGAUGACCUGACUCACUUGUACACGCUGGUGCUCAAUCCAGACCAGACAUACGAGGUAAAGAUCGACAACAAGCAGGUGGCGUCGGGCUCGCUGGAAGACGACUUUGACAUGCUGCCCCCCAAGAAGAUCAAGGAUCCCCUCGCAGAGAAACCCAGCGACUGGGUUGACCAAGCCACAAUCGACGACCCCACUGACACCAAGCCUGAGGACUGGGACCAGCCUGAGACCAUCCCUGACCCAACAGCCAAGAAGCCCAGUGACUGGGAUGAGGGCAUGGAUGGCGAGUGGGAGCCUCGCAGGAUCUCCAACCCGGAAUAUAAGGGAGACUGGACGCCCCAGCAGAUAGACAACCCCGACUACAAAGGCGAAUGGGUCCACCCUGAGAUUGACAACCCGGAGUACACCCACGACUCCACCAUGUACAAGUUUGAAAACAUAGCGGUCCUGGCCCUGGACCUGUGGCAGGUGAAAUCCGGAACCAUCUUCGACAACUUCCUCAUCACUAAUGAUGCCAAAAGUGCUGAAAGGUUUGGGGAGCUGACCUGGGGAGUCACCAUGGAACCAGAGAAGAAGAUGAGGAAGGAGCAGGACAUGCUACAUAUGUCACUGAUGGAGGAAGAAGAAAUUAAGAACCAAAAGGACUCCAAAAGUAAACCGAAAGAUGGUGGUUAUAGUGAUGAUGAGAAAGAGGAGAGGAAGGGAGAGCAGAGGAAGGAAGAGGAGAAGAAGGAAGAGGAGAAGAAGGAAGAGGAGGAGGAGGAGGAGAAGGGGGAGGAGGAGAAAGGGUAUCGUAGGGAUAUAGAUGAUGAAUUAUAGAGACGAGGUGGACUUUGGUUCAGGUGGAGGGGGUGAGGCUUGGCCAAAUUGAGAUUAUUUUUUUAUGGAUUCCUCUGAAGGGGUGGGGGAAAUGUUUACAUGUUUCCUUCAGAGAAGGCCCUAUUUUAGUGAGAUUUAAUCUUUGAGUGUGAUCUGUCAUCCAAGUUUCCUUUCAUUUUUGCUUUUAUUUUUGGGCCUGCAAAAUCAGUGUGGGAGUGUCACACACUUUGUGAUGACGUUGAAUCAACUGUAUUAUUUAUCCCGUCAGUACAGGCACUUUUUACAUGUAUGUGCUCUUGCUGUGUUUCCAUGUGUGGCAAACAAACUGCAAUAUUACAGUGCCCUUGUGUUGUGGAAAAAAUAAAAUCUGAUCCUGUAAACUCUAUUUUGAACUUGAAUAACGUGAAUAAAUCAAAACUUCU